AAGGUUGGUGUAGAAUUGAUGUGGUUACAUUCUGGAACGAACAGCUUAAGCUUGCAGUUAAGGUUAGCUAGCCAGAUGUUGAUCCAGCAACAAUCUAGUCGUUUUAGUGUAUGAACUACAAACUAGUAUGGCGCGCAAAUGAAUGACAUGACGACAAGUAGUCCGAGGAAGAGGAUGGCGUUGCUGUGCAACGUGGUGGUCGUUGCUACCGAUGGAACGGAUGUCGUCACAGGUCCACGGGGGGCAGCUACGGGGGUGCAGAUCGCGGCGACGGUCGAGGCAGGGACCCCUUGGAACGUGCAUGCGAGUCCUUUGAAGAGCAAAAACGUCGUCGCACAUUCUGGGAACUGGCACAGCGCCGCCAAGGUCGCGACGGACCCCGACGACGUCAUGAGAGAUGUGAUGCCCGCCGCGGUCGUGCAUCUAGUUUUGGCCACGUCAAAGCCAAACGGGUACGCAGUGGCGGCGCACUCUGUGGACUUGGUGAGGGGGGGCGUGGGGGCUGGCGUUGUAAAGUACGGAGAUUUCACCACGGGUUCACAAAGAGUCGACCAGACAGCCGCGGGGGCGCCGUAGAUGGAGCAAUUCACAUUUGCAUACUGUUUGAGGUGGCCAGAACAGGCGAUGUUCACGCAGAACGCCGUGCGGGCGGCGGAAGUUGUCAGGUUCAGGGGACUUAAGCCUGUAUCUUGCUGACACUUGAGUUUCAACGCGGCCCGGGCGUCGACCACUUCGGCCGAGCAUUGGGGAAGGGCUAACGGGGGAGGCUUGGAAACGUCGUCGCAGAUUGAAGCGUACAAAGACGACGGGUACCCGUUGAGCCCGCAUGUCAAGUUGGCAUAUUGCUGGACAUUGGCUUUGCAUUCCGGGUACGCGCAAUACGCCUCUAGAUCGGCCACCGUUGAAGCAUUCAUGAGAGAAGGAAAGCCAGACACUUGCUCGCAUCGGAGUUUGAGCGCCCCGCGGACUUCCACGACGUCGGCAGAGCACGUCGUCGCAGGCGGAACGUACGGCGUGGAUGUCACGUCGUCACAGAUGGUGGCGUACGUUGCCGCUGCCACUUCCCCCACCGUGCACGAGAGGUUGGCGUACUGCUUGACGUUGGCGACACAUGUAUCUAUGGCGCAGUACGCGCGGAGGUCCUCUUGGGUCGUGGGGUUGCGAGACCCAAACACUUGGCGGCAUUUGAGCUUGAGAGGUGUGCGGACUUGAACGAUGUCACUCGAGCACGGGGAAGACGGUGCAAUGUUAGUGGUGGGAGAUGGCGGCUUCGUGCUGGCGGUGGAGUCGAUGAACGCGCACAAGGACUUGGUCAAUUGAGACGUCCGGUUGGUCGCAUCGCAAGGUAGCGCGAACACCGCGUCCUCGUAGCUCCGACACGCGGGCACACUGCAGUAUUGGGUCGUGUUGAGCCGAGAGUAUUGAGGCGCGUUGCCUCCUGGCACCGAGGCUUCACAUGCUUCAAGGAAAGAAGUCACGUUGGCAAGGUCUACGGAGGACGAGCAAGGUACGGCGUGGAUGAUGGACUGGACCAGCGUGGUCGCGACGGCAACAAGGCGGGCGCAGCGCAUAGUUAAGGGCGUGUCAAG